CUCUGUAUCGUUCCAAUUUUAUCGGAUGUCCCCGAAGGGACUACUUGGUACAAUCAAUUGACCCAAUUAUUCCCGAUAUACAAGGGCCGUGGGGGUAAUUGGCUGAGGAGUUUGUCAAAAUAUAUUACUACAAGACGACCUUGGAGAGUGAUGGCCCCUAUAAAAAUAGUACUACACAGCACAUUUGAUUCCCACCAACAACCAAAGAAGAAAACUCAUCCGAGACGCAAUCCCCCUCCCCACCAAUAACAAGAAAAUGUUUGGCUCGAUUGGGGAGACGCUGAGCAAAGCCACAUCCACCAUCGGCGGACUUAUGGUGGCGUACGCCAUGUUCCAGAACUACUUCCCCGACGCCCUCCGCAGCCCCAUCCGCCGCUACUCCCGAAAGCUCCACGACCUCCUAAACCCCUACGUCCACAUCACCUUCCCCGAGUACCAAGGCGACGGCUUUUCCCGCAGCCCCGCCUUUUCUUCCAUUCAGCGCUACCUCAACGCCACCUCCACCGCCCAGGCCCGCCGCCUCAAAGCCUCCGUCUCCCGAGACUCUGACUCCGUCGUCCUCUCCAUGGAAAACCACGAGGAGGUCACCGACGAAUUCUCCGGCGCCAAGAUCUGGUGGGCCUCCGGCGAGACCGUCCCCAUCCGCCAGUCCAUCUCCUUCUUCCCCCGUGAGGACGAGAAGCGCUACUUCCGCCUAACCUUCCACCGCCGCCACCGCCACGUCAUCACCUCAAAAUACAUCCCACACGUCAUCGCCCAGGGAAAGGCCAUCGCCGUCCGAGAGCGGCGCCGGAAGCUCUACACCAACAACAGGGGAGACGGCGGCGGGUACAGGCCGCGCUUGUGGAGCCACGUGGCAUUCGAGCACCCGGCCACUUUCGACACUCUGGCCAUGGAUCCCGUGAAAAAGCAUGACAUCAUCAACGAUCUCCGUAAAUUCGCGGAUUCCGAGGAUUACUAUAAGAAAAUCGGAAAGGCUUGGAAAAGGGGAUACCUCUUGUUCGGGCCGCCGGGGACCGGCAAGUCGACCAUGAUAGCCGCCAUGGCUAAUCUUCUCGAGUACGACGUGUACGAUCUUGAGUUGACUUCGGUCAAAGACAACACCGAGCUCCGGAAGCUUCUUAUCGACACGUCGGGAAAGUCGAUCGUUGUUAUUGAGGACAUCGACUGCUCCCUCAAUCUCACGGGACAGAGAGAGAAGAAGGAGGAUGAGAAGGAAGACGAAAAAGACAAUAACGAGAAGAAGGAUAAGGACGAGACUGAGAAAUUGAAGGAGAAAUUGAAAAAAUUGGAGGAGGGUGGGAAGAAAUCGAGCGAGGUGACAUUGUCCGGGCUUUUGAACUUUAUUGACGGGCUUUGGUCGGCUUGCGGUGGGGAAAGGAUUAUUGUUUUCACGACGAACUACGUGGAGAAGCUCGACCCAGCACUUAUCCGGAGAGGGAGGAUGGACAAGCACAUUGAGCUCUCGUAUUGCGGGUUUGAGGCGUUUAAGGUUCUUGCCAAGAAUUAUUUGGAAAUCGAGGCGCACGAGUUGUUCGGCAAGAUUCGGUUGAUGUUGGAAGAGAUUGAGAUGACGCCUGCUGACGUGGCGGAGAAUCUGAUGCCGAAAGUUGGGGGUGAGGAUGGGGAGAGAGGUCUGGUGAGAUUGAUCGAGGCGCUCGAGGAGGCCAAGGAGAUGGCGAGGGUGAAGGCUGAGAAAUUAGCUAAAGAGGAACAAGAAAAAGAAGUUGGGAAGAAGAAGAAGGAUUUGGAUAAUGGUGUAGUGGAAGAAAAUGGUGAGGCUAAAACACAGGAUUUGGAGAAUGGAGUGGUCAAAGAAAAUGUUGAGGCUAACUGAGAAUAGAUUUUGGCACUGAGUUAGGAUCACUUCUCUACUUUGUUCUGGCUAGAUUUAGAUAUUGAAAGACAAAUCGUCGUUAUGGCGCGGAAGAUCUCGCUGGGGAAGGUGCAUAGAAGCAGAGCAAAUCGAGGGAUUUUUUUUUCAGAAAGGGGAA